GGCCCAGCCCACACCCGACAAACGACCCGAAUAACGAGGGGCAUUUCUGGAAAUCAGCUUCAGUACUCUGAGUCAAUCGACUUCUCAAAGUGAGAACUCAGCGAAAUAUGCUGAAGGGAAACGGAGAAGACGAUUCAAUUCAAUAAUUAAGAUUAAAUUAAGCAGUAGAAAAGUGUUGCAACGAAGAGAAAUUGCAGAAUUUUGUUGCAUUUCUUUUCCAAUUUUUUUUUUUUUUAUUUUCUGUGAAGUAUGAAGCGGAUUAAAAAUCCAUACUGUUUGUUGGGAGUUUUAUUGAGCUUGAUAUGUGUAGAAUCUGCGCCGCAGGCGUACCGUAGAGACCCAGGGCAUCCGACGUGGCACCAUGGGGCGUUUCACGAUGUCAAGGAUUCCGUUCGAUCUGAUCUUCGUCAAAUGCUCCACAGUCGCGCUGAGGUUCCGUUUCAAGUCCCUCUUGAAGUAAAUGUUGUUCUUAUUGGUUUCAAUGGUGAUGGAGGCUAUAGGUAUAGUGUAGAUUCUCAAAAAUUGGAUGAGUUUCUGAGAGUUGGCUUUCCCACUCACAGACCUUCAUGCUUAGAGACUGGCCAGCACCUUGACAUUGAACAUCAUGUAGUAUUUAAUGCAUUCCCGAUUGGACAGGCAGAGCUUAUAGCAUUGGAGAAAGCAGUGAAAGCAGCUAUGGCUCCAGCUGGCAGCGCUAGAGAGGCAGAUUUUGGAAGGGAAGUUCCUUUGUUUGAGGUGGAAGCGACAGCUGUUGAACCAGAAUUUGAGAAGCUUUACUCUUACCUUUUCGAUGUCGAAAAUGCGGGGUUCCCUGCUGAAGAAAUGGACCGGCCUAGGCCAACUGCUAUUUUUGUCGUUAAUUUUGAUAAGACGCGAAUAGAUCCUAGAAACAAGGAGCUUGAUCUUGAUAGUUUAAUGUACGAAAAGAUCCCACCACUAAGUGAAGAGGAUAUGAAGAAACAAGAGGGGGAUUACAUAUAUCGGUAUCGGUAUAAUGGAGGAGGUGCAUCUCAGAUUUGGCUCGGAUCUGGCAGAUUUGUUGUGCUUGACCUCUCUGCUGGACCUUGUACGUAUGGGAAGAUUGAAACUGAAGAAGGAAGUGUUAAUCCUAAAACAUUACCACGAUUGCAAAAUGUGGUGUUUCCUAGACCAGGGGAAAGUAAUGAACAAUCUACCCGUGACACUUUUGUCGGAAAACUUGCUGCAGUGGUUGCAACUACAGUAGAGCAUGUUAUAGCCCCAGAUGUUAGGUAUGAAACUGUUGACAUGACUACUAGGUUACUUGUACCUAUUAUUGUCCUCCAGAAUCAUAAUCGGUACAAUAUCAUGGAUAAAGGCCACAAUUACAGUAUAGACGUCGAAGCAAUCGAAGCUGAGGUUAAGAAGAUGGUCCACCAAGGGCAGGAAGUUGUAAUUGUCGGAGGUUCACAUGCACUGCAUCGCCACGAAAAGUUGUCCAUUGCUGUCUCAAAAGCAAUGAGGAGUCAUUCUCUUCAAGAAACCAAGAAGGAUGGACGCUUUCAUGUUCAUACAAAGACAUAUCUGGAUGGUGCUAUUCUUAAGGAGGAGAUGGAACGAUCUGCCGAUGUGCUUGCAGCAGGUUUACUUGAGGUGUCUGACCCAGAUCUUUCGAGUAAAUUUUUCCUUCGUCAGGACUGGAUGGAGGAUUCUGAUGGGACUGAUGAUUCCAUACUAAAGCAUAAACCUCUUUGGGCAUCUUAUGGUUCGAGGAAUCAGAAGGAUAGGAAGAAAAGUUCGGAAAAAAAGAAACAGGGAAACGUGUACCGAACUUAUGGAACUAGGGUUGUGCCAGUCUUUGUUCUAUCACUGGCUGAUGUUGAUCAACACCUUAUGAUGGAAGAUGACAGUCUUGUAUGGACGAGUAACGAUGUAGUUAUUGUGCUUCAACAUAAAAGUGAGAAGAUACCUCUAAGUUACGUAUCCGAGUUAGAGAGAAGACAUGCUGUACCGUCACAAGCGCAGCGCCAUAUAUUGGCCGGACUAGCAUCUGUUGUGGGUGGGUUGAGUGCUCCAUACGAAAAGGCUUCUCAUGUUCACGAACGGCAUAUGGUCAACUGGCUCUUGGCCGCUGGUUGUCAUCCAUUUGGCCCGUUUUCAAACACUUCUCAAAUCAGUCAAUUGCUUCGUGAUGUUGCCCUGAGGAAUAUAGUAUAUGCUCGUGUUCAUUCAGCCCUCCAUCGAAUCCGAGUUACAUCAGAGGCUGUUCAAGCCUUUGCUGCAGAACAUCUGAAAACUCCUCUGGGAGAACCAGUGAAGGGUAAGAAGAACAAAUCGAGCACCGAGCUUUGGGUGGAGAAGUUCUACAAGAAGAAAACCAACUUGCCAGAACCAUUCCCACACGAGUUAGUUGAACGAUUGGAAAAAUACUUGGAUAGCCUCGAGGAACAGCUUGUUGACCUAUCCUCCAUGUUAUAUGAUCAUCGAUUGCAAGAUGCACAUUUAAACAGUUCAGAGAUUUUUCAAAGCUCGAUUUUCACUCAGCAGUAUGUGCAGCACGUUUUGACGAGUGAAAGGGAGAAGAUGAAAUGCUGUAGUAUUCAAUACAAAUUCCCGACGCACUCUUCGCAAAAUUACAUAUACGCAGGAAUUCUUUUAGCCGGGUUUUUUGUGUAUUUCGCAGUUAUCUUUUUUGCAUCUCCGGCACGCUGAUUUCGUUAACUUCUCCUUUUUCUCAAUAGGAUAAUUUGAACUGUAUAAUUCUUAUAAAAUUUUUUUUUUUUUUUAGUAAAGAUUCUUAUAAAUUUUACACAGAAAAAGUUCAAUUCUCUAUUAAGUCUGUUGUAUUUACUUUGUCGAUUAUAAAAUGCGUAGGGGGGGUAGUUUUGGAUUA